UCUGUUGUUUAGUCUGCUCAGCAUCCUUUCCUCUUAGGCUAAAAAAUGUUGCUUUCAGGAACUGCCUCUCCCUGUCGUGGUGGCCUGUGGGCCGCGAGGUCCAUGUCACCUCCACUGCAAGACUAAACAGCUGACAGAAGAGAUGCCUGAUUCCCUUUCAGAUGUCCCCGAAGGACUAAAGAAUGUAGGAAGCCACCCUCCUCCCCCACAGAGCCAACAACUCUCCAGGCCAGCACUGGGAGUCAGCUAAACCCAGGAAGCAGUGAGUCCCUGAGCAUGUGCAGAAGUCACCUCCAGCCAGGGGUCGUAGGUGGCAGGCGAGGAACGCCUGGGUUCUGGCUGCUCGCCAGGCCCGCGACCUUCGGCCCUGAGGCCACUUGGGCGGCCGCGCCUCCUGGACGGGAGGAGAGGACGCCUGGUUCCCCUGGCUGCUAGCCUCCGCCGGUGGUGGCUCCGCUAUGGGCUCGCGUAGCUCCCACGUUGCGCUCAUUCCCGACGUGGACCACAUCCUCAGAGAGACCGGCUUCUCGCAAGCCAGCCUGCUCCGCCUCUACCACCGCUUCCAAGCCCUGGACAGGGAGGAAAAGGGCUUCUUGAGCCGCCUAGACCUCCAGCAGAUCGGGGCGCUGGCUGUGAACCCUCUGGGGGACCGCAUUAUAGACAGCUUCUUCCCCAACGGGAGCCAGAGAGUGGAUUUCGCAGGCUUUGCCAGGGUCCUGGCUCAUUUUCGACCUGUAGAUGAAGAAGAUGCAACAAUCCGAGACCCCAAGCAACCUGAACCCCUAAACAGCAGAAUGAACAAACUUCGCUUUGCAUUUCAGCUCUAUGAUCUGGAUCGGGAUGGGAAGAUCUCCAGGAAUGAAAUGCUACAGGUUCUCCGGCUGAUGGUUGGGGUUCAGGUGACAGAUGAGCAGUUGGAGAGCAUCACAGACCGCACAGUGCAGGAAGCCGAUGAAGAUGGUGAUGGGGCAGUGUCCUUCAUGGAGUUCACUAAGUCCUUAGAGAAGAUGAACAUCGAACAAAAGAUGAGCAUCCGGAUCCUGAAGUGACCCCUGUGUCUUUGGCCCAUGCAAACCUCUUAUGGGCUUGGAAUUUAUCCUCAGGCCACCCCCCACCCCCCCCAGAGGCAGGAUCACCAUAAGCUAUAUUCUUCUUCUUUUCUUUUCUUUUUUUUUGAGACAGGGUUUCUCUGUGUAGCUUUGGUGCCUGUCGUGGAUCUCACUCUGUAGACCAGGCUGACCUCGAACUCACAGAGAUCUGCCUGGCUCUGCCUCCCUAGUGCUGGGAUUAAAGGCGCAAAAGCUAUAUUCUUACUUUGAAACUCUACUUAAGAGGGGUGGUGCUGAAGUCUCAUUUGGUCUCAGAUUUGUGUAUCAGUCAUUGAUCAUUUGAUUGCAAGUGACUGGAAAUCCAAUCUAAAGUGACAGGAGUAAAAGGGUGAAAAAAUUACAUGGGCUCCUGUGAUUAGAUAGCCCAGAAGUAGUUGCCUUUAGGGAACCAGGAUCCAAGGACAAAAAUGAUGUCAUCAGGUUUGAGUUUGGUCACCCGCGUUGCUCGGCUCGGCUGCCCUCUUGCACCAGCUACAUUCUGUCCUUGUGGUGGAAAGGGCCACCAGCACUCCAUCACAUCUUCCUAGCCCAUAACCCAGAGGGAAGAGACUUCUUCCUCCAAGAACGCCAACCAAGCAGCAUCCAUGACCCAGCUGUGGUCUUUUCUCUAUCUCCAGGCGAACGGAACCUGCUAAUUGGCCCUGCCUGUGUCAUAUAAUAAUUCUGAAACCCCAGAAAUAAGGCCUGAAGACAGGAUAGAGUGAGAGGUGGUUGCUUUAAGGAAAAUGAAGUAAUGUUAUCAGAAAGUGUGUGUGUGUGUGUGUGUGUGUGUGUGUGUGUGUGUGUGUGUGUGUGUGUGUGUUUAUGUUGGUUUUGCUCAGGCAACAUGAGUGAUACACCUCCUUACCACUUGGUUGAGCAAAUGGAGGGAACCUUGAACUCUGGCUUCUGGGAUGGGUUUUCCUCUGAUCCCCUGGAUGAAUAAUAACGUGGUGGGAGGGAGGAUGAUGUACAAAUAAUAAACUAUAUAUACUUUC